UUCUAAGCAGUUUUGGCUUUGGGCAAAAAUUGGGUAAGAAAUUUCAUGGUGUAUUAAGUCUGAGUGCUGAAUGAAAUCGGUGAUUUCUUUAAAUUUAAACUCGACAAACGAUUAUCGGUUAAAAUGUUUCGCUAAAUGUUCAACAGAAGCGUGUUUGUCAUUGUCUAAAAAUGUUUAAGUGUCGAAAAUGAAUUAGAAAUGAGGAGAUAAACGGGAAAAAAUUGAGAAAAUCAUUUGUUCAAAAGGCGGACGCUGCUGCGAGACAAAACAUGCGCGAUGGUGGCGAUGGCACAUCACAUUUUGGGCGUGCGUUUCGGCCAGUGAAAAGCGAGCGAAUCGUCGGGCCGAACACCUUUAUAUUAGUAAAAUCGGCCAAGAAAUUUACAGUUUCUGAUACAGUUGAAAGUGUAGCGGUGCGGGGCCAUCCACAGGUGAAAACCAUUCAUACACGAGCCGCUAAUAGAAAAUAGAAGUGAGAGUGGGUGCCUAAAGUGAAAAUGAAGGAGUACAACCAAGUUACCUUGCCUAACUAUUCCUAUGUUUUCAAUUUCGAGUCUGACUUUAUUCAUCAAAAAACGAGAACAUGGAUGCAAGACAACUGGACGCUGGGCUUUUACUAUGUGGGAGCAUAUAUGGUAUUUAUUUUCGGCGGGCAGUAUCUAAUGCAAAAACGACCCAGAUUUGAAAUCAGAGGCACUCUGUGUCUGUGGAACACUCUCUUGGCCACAUUCAGCAUAAUGGGGGCGUGUAGGACUGUUCCCGAGUUUAUCUGCACCCUCACCCACCAUGGGCUGUACCACUCAGUUUGUGUGCCCUCAUUUAUCGAGCAAGAUCGAGUCUCAGGGUUUUGGACGUGGAUGUUUGUGCUCAGUAAACUGCCUGAACUAGGUGACACUAUUUUUAUAGUACUUCGCAAGCAGCCCCUAAUUUUCCUCCAUUGGUACCAUCACAUUACAGUGCUGUUAUACUCUUGGUUCAGCUACACUGAGUACACGUCCAGUGCCAGAUGGUUUAUAGUGAUGAAUUAUUGCGUCCAUUCCAUUAUGUACUCAUACUAUGGGCUAAAGGCUUGGGGCUUUUCGCCCCCCAGACAAGUAGCCUUAGUGAUAACUUCCCUGCAACUGCUGCAGAUGGUCAUUGGCUGUGGCAUCAACAUGUGGGCCCAUCAGCUGCUACAGCAAGGGGUUGAGUGCCAUGUGACCCCCUUCAAUGUUAAGCUCUCAAUUGCUAUGUACUUUAGCUAUUUUGUACUAUUUGCAAGAUUUUUCUACAAGGCCUACAUAGCGAAACAGAGCAACAGAAAGAGUGCUCCUACCAAUCCGGACUAUCCCCUAAUGAAGUCAAAAGUCCAGUAGUUAGUAGCAUUGCCAAGUUAUCAGUGUGACAACAUUCCCUGCAGACUCAAGUUGCAUUUAAAAUGUGAAAUUUUCCAAAGUGUGAAUAAAAUGCGGAUAUUUUCCUAAUGUUUUUUCCAUGGGUUAUUUGGAAUCAUUGUUGUUGGCGCACAAUUAUAGAUGUUGCAUUGUGAAAUGUUUGCCGCAGCAUUUCACUUUCUUUUUAUCUGAUUAUGCAAGCCUGUAGCAAAGAGCAUGUAAGUAAUAUAGAGUUAUAUAAUAACCGCAUUAUCAAGGCUAGUAAUCUUCAGGUCGAUCCAGUUUCGCCUAACAAAGAUAUUAAAAGCAAUAGGCAUGUUUACGUGUUUUAAUUGGGAGGAAUACUGGGCAUCCUUCAAUAGCAAUGUGCCAAAUUAAUGCAUUUCCUCAACUGUAACAAUCAACUGAACCCACUGUUUGCUUUCAGUCACCGUUAUUUCUGUACCUGAUUCACACGAAACAAUUAUUCACUAUUUAUUUUCCGCCGAAAUCAAUCGUUUGAUCGAUGCCCAGUUUCAAAAUCCGCCAAACUUGUUCUAAAAACAUAUUUUUAUACCAUAAGCCUUUAACCCGCCCACCUACCAUCAUUAUGCAAAUAGCUUUUGUAUUGCCAUUAUUUUCUUACAGAUCAAUGAUAGAGUAAUUUAUUGCACAAGCUUUUAUUUUGGGUAUUGGUUCGAAGGUUGUUCAGACUUUGUAGACGUUAAAACAUUUUUAAACAUUCGAGUAAGCGUUAAAAAUCAUGUGUAGUAACUGUUAUUUAUUUAAUUAGGUAAACAUUAGAUUAUUACUACACAAGUGUUAUUAAAACUAGAGCUUCAACAUUAUCAGGCGCUGGAGAUUGGACUGUUUUAUGCCAAGUUGUUGUUCGCAUCUACUAAUGAUUUCAAUGUUAAUUUGAUGUUAUUGAUCCAACCAGUUUCGCUAAAAAUGGCUUUGAAGGACCAGUUUUACUAAGUUCACUACUUUAAUUCAAUAAUCUUUCUUUGGUUGCUAACGAUUUGGUUUAUUUUUUAUUGUAUAUACUUU